GACUGCCGGAAGAUCUGUCUUGCUUGUGCCAGGGAUUCCCAGGCUUUGCGGUGGGAUUGGGGAUUAACCCUGUGCCUGUAGUGAAAGAGAGCUGUUGGCCGUGGCCCUCCAGUAAAUGCAUCCUGAGUUGAGGGUGCAGUUUUUUUCGUCCCUGUUUCUCCUUAUCAUUUUUUUCCUACUUCCACCCCCUACCCCCCGCCCCAUCUCCUCCCCCAGCGAGACUCCCUCACCGCACUGGCCGGCUCCUACACAAAGCAGCGGAUGGAGGAGAAAGGUCUUCUAGCUUCGCAGGCAUGCAUCAAGCAGUGAGAUCACUCCUGUUAUAAAUAUCUCUGGGCCACCGUUGAGAUUUGUUCGGGUUGUCCUCAAUCUCCUCUCCCUCCCUCCCUUUCUCCUCUCCCUCUCCCUCCCUUCCUCUCUCUCUCUCUCUCUCUCUCUCUCUCUCUCUCUCUCUCUCUCUCUCCUUUUUCUCUCUGUCCCCCCUUCCGCCCCCCUCCCUCUUUUCUGUCUCCCCCUCUCUUUUUCUCCACCCCCCCUCCUCAGAGGCUAUGUCCACCGAGUGCAGAGAAGGGGGCAGGAUAGGCACACAGCCGCUGCCGCCGCAAUCGCACCGGGACCAAAGAUCCCGGGAGGAACCUCGCAAGAUGCUCUUAGGAGUCCUGGGUCUGGAAGAAUGAGCUUAUCCUUCCUCCUCCUCCUUCUCUUCCUGGGCCACCUGAUCUGCAGCUCCUGGGCUGAAGAGAAGCAACUCCUUCCCAAAGCGCAACUAGGACUCAGUAACCGGAAUCGAGGGGGCAGCGGCAGUAGGGGUAGAAACAACACUUCUUCCUUGGUUCCUUCAUCUUCAUCAUCCUCAUCUGCCUCCUCCCCUUCUUCCCUGGGAAUUAAGGGCAGCGACUCGGAGCGGAGCAGCUUUCAGUGGAGCCCAUCAGGGCGUCGGACUGGCAGUCUCUACUGCAGAGUUGGUAUCGGUUUCCAUCUGCAGAUCCAUCCCGAUGGCAAAGUCAACGGCUCCCACGAAGCCAAUAUGCUAAGUAUUUUGGAAAUAUUUGCUGUGUCUCAGGGGAUUGUAGGAAUACGAGGAGUUUUCAGCAACAAAUUUUUAGCGAUGUCAAAAAAGGGAAAACUCCAUGCAAGUGCCAAGUUUACAGAUGAUUGCAAAUUCAAGGAACGAUUUCAAGAAAACAGCUAUAAUACCUAUGCCUCAGCCAUACACAGGACGGAAAAGACUGGAAGAGAAUGGUAUGUGGCAUUGAACAAAAGAGGUAAAGCCAAAAGAGGCUGUAGCCCAAGGGUCAAACCCCAACACAUUUCUACCCAUUUCCUUCCAAGAUUCAAACAGUCAGAGCAGCCAGAACUGUCUUUUACAGUUACUGUUCCAGAAAAGAACAAGAGACCUCCUAAUCUGGUCAAACCAAAGGCCCCACUUCCUGCACCGCGAAAGAAGCCAAAUACAGUCAAAUAUAGACUCAAAUUUCGUUUUGGAUAACAGUUGGUCUUAUGAAGAGAUGUUUUUUCCCUUCAUAGUUGCUAUGGGUAUCUUCAGAGUUCUAGGCCUAGAAUUGCAGGCAAAGCCAAGCUGCACUUUUUCUCCAUUAAAGUCGUGCAGGGAGGUAAAAAUUUAAUACUCUGGACCCAAGCAAUGUUGCUGUUUGACAGAGAAAAAGAGUGCUAACUGAAGUGAUAUUCUUAGUAGGAACCUAAAAGGAAGAAGAUGGCGUCAAUUCAAUGAAAUAGAAAACCUUUUGUUUGUUUAGCUCUCAAAGGUAUUUGGACCUCUACUUUCAGGAUUGUAUUGUAUAUUUUGAAGAUUUUUACAAAACAACUUGAAAGAACACACAUGGGACAUUUUUAUUUUUGUUUUCCAAAGGAUAUUUUGGUGCAGAGAAAAUAUUUUAUUACCUCUUUUGUUUUUUAAGGAAAAAAAGCAUAUUUUCUUACUUUCAUUAUUACAAUUUAAGGAAUCAUUUUAAUGUAAUACAUCACUUAUCCAUGUACUUAAAGCCUUUUUUUUUGUAAUGUAAGCAGAUUUCUUCAUUUUCUUUCCUCCUAGAUUUUCAUUAUUUUUGAUCAUACCUCAUCAAAUGCUCUAAGUUUAGCUCUGUGACUUAAAAUGUUUAUUUCCUUCUCUGAGUCCAGGAUCAUUUUCAUGUUUUAUUCUUUAUAAUUUUGCUGUAAUGUGGAUUCAUUCUUCUUCGGUGACUGGGCUAGAAUGGUGAUUGAAAUAAAGGGAAAAUAUAGGCAAAGAGACUUUGGGGGGAAAGGCAAAGGCUUUUGGAGGGGCAAGCAAAGAAAGUAUUUUUUAUUCCAAAUAUAUAUAGCAUUUGGUUAGGAUGGCUCUCAUUCUACUUCCGUUCCCUUCCGUUCCCUUCCGUUCCCUUCCCUUCCCUUCCCUUCCCUUCCCUUCCCUUCCCUUCCCUUCCCUUCCCUUCCCUUCCCUUCCCUUCCCUUCCCUUCCCUUCCCUUCCCUUCCCUUCCCUUCCCUUCCCUUCCCUUCCCUUCCCUUCCCUUCCCUUCCCUUCCCUUCCCUUCCCUUCCCUUUCCCUUCCCUUCCCUUUCCUUUCCCUUCCCUUCCCUUCACUUCCCUUUCCCUUCCCUUCACUUCCCUUUCCCUUCUUUCCUUUCUCUUUCCUUCCCAUCUUUUUCCUCACUAUCCUCCAACCACACCCUCCCCAACAAGAAGAAUGCAUUUUACCUUUUUCUAUCAAGCAUGCUGUAUGGAGGGCUUAAGAUACCUUUUAUGUGUCAUCCCUGCUAGAUAGGUCUAUGGAAACAAAUUACUCUGCAAAAAAAACAAAACAAAAAACAAAACAAACAAAAAAAACAAGGAGAAUCAUAUCCACUUCAUAGAUCCAUUAGAUAAAUCUUAUCUGUGUCCUGUCUCAUCAGUGUAGUCAUAAAACCAAACUUUUAAAGUCUUUCCUUCCAAAGGUAACCAAUCAUUCUUUUAACAAUGGCAGCCCUUCACUUCAAUAGGAAACAAGUGAUGUAGAAUGGAAGGAGACAUGUGUGCUACAGAAAUCCUCCUUUGAGAAAAGACCAGAUAAUGACAGUGUCUAACCCUGUUUAAUGCUAUACAGCAAAUGGUGGUUUAUCAAAGUUUUUACAUAACAUGAGUUGCAUAACUUAUUUAUUUCCUUGAGUGCUCACUUAUAUGCAGUUUAUGUGAAUAUAUUUGAAUUCAUCUUCUUUACAGAAAUGUGGCAAUAAAAGUGGUGUAGUGACUAUGGGAAUUGUGUGUCUUUCUUGGAGAGAAUGACAUAUUUCACAAAAGGUAUCUAUUUCAUCACCCUAUUGGUCUCCUACUUAAAAAAAAACAAUAAAGGUGUGUUUGUUAGUGUGUGUGUGUGUGUGUGUGUAUGUGUGUGUGUGUGUAUACUUUUAAAAAAUCAAGCAUGCAGUUUUCUUUCUGUGUGUAAAUGUGAUUCAACAAAAAUUAAAAGACUUGAACAGAUUACCAUUUCAUUCAGCCUGGUUUGUUUUAGUGGGCUGAAAAUUUUUUUCAUUAAUUAUGCUACUAUAUUUAAGUUGGUUAGCAUAAGUAGGAAAGUCAUGUUGUAAUUCACAUAGACUAUUUUAUUAUAAAACCAAUAAUCUGAUUGAACUUUAUUUCAAUUUAAUGCAUGAUUUCUUUGUGAAUUCAAGGCUUUUGGUUUUGUUUUUUUUAACCUGGCAAUUCUACAGGAGCUAUAAUUAAUUUAUACUCUAAUAAAUGCUUCAGGCUUGACUAAGUAUGAUGGUAAUAUAGAGAUCUUUGCAAGUACAGAAGUUGUAUACAAUAUGGACUGAAGUAUUCAGCUAUCAAAGGUUGGCUAUUUUAUGUAUUUAUAAAAUAUAUUGAGAAUUUUUUAACCCACAAUAAAGCUAUUUGUACUUCUUUUUGCAAUUGUUUCCUUUUAUGAAUUGAUUUAAGAAGAGUUCUUAAUUAAACACAAAGAAUGUCAGUUGUAAAACCAAGUUAAUGUGUUUCUAUAAGAAUUGGCAGGGAUGACAUCAGAUUUCAAAGCAUAUAUUGCCAUUAUGCUUUCUGUUACUUGAUAUUAUUUAGAUCAUGCUUUAUGCUCCUCAUAGCUUAUCUCACAUAUUUAUUUUGACUAAAUUAGCAGAAGCAGAGUGGGAUACGCACAAGAGAUAUAUCUUUUGCAUGUCAGGACUCAUUCAUUUCAAAUUUUAAAGCCACACUAAAAUGAAAAAAAAAUUUAAUUGCACUUCUUAUCUACAAUUUACCAAACACAAUUACUUUUAAUUAAUGCUCAGUGAAGCCAUGUUACUUAAUUAGCUAAAUAAAUGAAACAUUUUCAGAAAACAUAUAUCAGAUACCACCUCAAUAAUGCUUAUUAUCUAGAGACCUCUCUUUAUACUAUUUGUGGAUGCAUCUGAAUUCUAUAACUUUCUCUAUAGGUAAUUUGCCUCUAUAAUAACAGGCAAUAAUCAAGUUAUUUAAAUGUAGCUGAGGUCAUUAAAAAGUUGACUAAAUUUACUUUUAAAACUUUAGGAAUGACAAACAUCUACAUCAAUUGACAUGUCUAUGUCAAUCUAUGACAAUUUUCUGUUUCAUUAUCACAAAUUUCUCUUCAAAAUUAGCAAAAUUCUUCAAUCUACAAAUAUAUGGAUACACAGCAACUAUUCUUUCUGUAUGUGGUAUGUUCUAGAUGUCUUUUCCUCUCCACCACUUAAGCAAACUAGCUUGAUAGGAAAGAAGAGAAAUUAAAUCAGUUCUCUUAGAGUAUAGUAAUUUGUUUUUCAAAAGGCAUGUGAAGGAUAGUGUAAGUACUCAUUCUGAUGAUUUAGGGUUAUGAUAAUUAUACUCUCUAAUUAGCACCUUUAUUAAGAGUAGCUAAACAUUUCAAAUAUGGUUAAUAUUAUAUGUGGAAAUAUAAUUUCAAUAAUAAUGUCAUAUUUUGUAAUUAUGAUGAUGAUUAUUAGAAUAUUUUCACAGGAAAAAGGAAACAAAACACAAAGUUCCAGUUGAGUUUACACUUGCUUUUCAAUAAUGCAGUAAACAUGCUGUCAUCUGCUUUAAGAUGGAGUUCACUAUAGCAACUGUUCCCCAUGUGUACAUUGUUGGGUGUUUAGAUUUUGAAACGGAGACAAUUUUAGAAGUAUGAACAAUAGUGAUCCGUUAUAUAAAUAAUAGUUAUAGUUUUGUUGAGUAUUUGUUGGUAACAUAGAAAUGCUGAUUUACAUGUGUUUAUAUCUUGCAACUUUGCUAGAUUUUUUCAUUGUUUCAACUAGUUUUUUAGUUAAUCUUCUCAGUGUAUCCUCUGUGAAAAGUGAUAGUUUUUCCUCACUUCAGAUUCUUAUUCCUUCAAUUUCCUUUCCUUGUCAUUGCUAUAGUUACCAUUUCUAGGAUAAUUUUGAAUAAUAAUGGUGAUCCUGGGCAGCCUCAUUUCACCCAUUACCUUAUUGAGAAGGCCUAUGGUUUAUCCCCAUUACAAAUAAUGCUUGUUCUUGGUUUUAGAUACAAACUACUUAUCAUUUUAAUUAAUUUUCCAUUUAUUCCUAUGCUUUCUAGUGUUUGAGAAAUAGGAGACCUGGCUGAAUUUGAAGUCUCGCUCUCAAUACUGAUAUAUAUAUAUAGCCAUGGCUCAUCAUUUGAAGGGAUUCUUGCAUAUGAAUAGAGGAUGACUCCAUGGUUGAAAAUAUGGGUCACUAGAAGAUAGUUCUUAAUUCAAGUUUCUUCAGGUUCAGAAUUGUCAACCAUCCCAGAACUUAAGGACUUUGGGACCUUUCCAUCUGCACUGUAGCAGAACUCAUUUUUGUUCUGUCUUCAGAUUAGAUCCUGAACUUGAGAGGAAAGUCUAACUUAAUUAAAUGUGUUUUCAUUCUUCAAAAACUAUAAUCAAAAUGCAGAUAUUUAGCUCUAACAGGGAAAAGAUAUUUCCUCAGAGUAGAACAUUGAUUCAGUUGGAUAUUCUCCUAAUUUUAUGUUAGCCUUGUGUGUUGGCCUGGAAGGAAAUGUUGCUGAUUCCAUAUGCACUAGUUUUUGUACUUAGGUAACAGAAAGCUACCUCAGUGGUUUGAGCUAUUCUUCUUUGGGCCAAUAACAAGUUCAAUACUUAAAAAAAACACUUUGCUUUCCCUCUUAGGAUUAAUACUGUGUAUUGGUUCCAAGGCUUCUGCCUUGGAAAAAGUAAGAGCUAGGCAAUAAAGGUUAAGUGGCUUGCCCAGGGCCAUAAUACUAAGAAGUGUCUGGGGUCACAUUUGAACUCAGGACCUCUCAUCCAGAUCUAGCUCUCAAUCUGCUGCCUUACCUUGCUGCCCCAAGUUCAGUACUUUAAAAAUAAAAAUUAGCUUAGCCAGCAUGGGAUAAUUCCUUAAAAUAUUUCUCCCAAAAUAAUAGUGGUACUCCCAAUAGAAAUAGAGAAUAAAAAGAGAGCAAUUUUACUGCAAGAUAAUUAUUUCUUUUUUGAUCAUACUGAUUUUGAAAUAACUACUAAUGUCCAAUUAGCAGUUCGUUAUGUGGAAUUGGAGCUCAAGGAAUCCUUUUUAUUGAGAUCCAAUUGAACCCAUUUGGAGUUGGUGGAAUCCCCAAGGAAAGAUACAGAGAAAGAUCUUUAUACACCCAUAGUUAGGAGGUAGGGUGUGGGUGAUGAUCUAGCAAAGGGGAAUAAGAAAGAAUAGCUUUGAGUAAUAUUCAUUCACACCCAUUCACAAUAUUGAGAGACUAGCCUCAAAUAUAUGGUAUUUCCCCAUUAUGGCAUCUCUUUGAAAGCUAAACACAAAUGCAAUCUUUAAUUAUAGGCUUCAUUCCAGUUUUAUUCAGAUAAGAGAUGGGCAAAGAGUUAUGUCCAAUAGUGAGACAUAUGGGGCAUUCUUUGAUUUUAAAUGUUAAUAAUUUUUAUUACUUUACUUAAUUUGCCAACAAAAAAAUACUGCAUGCCCACUAUUUUUCAGGGUACUAUGCUAUGUGUGGUAUUGCAAAUUCUUGAAGCAGAGAAUUAUUUCUGUUGUUUGUGUCUAUGUCAGUGGGUUCAACUUAGAUUGUAAGCUUCUGAAAGUAAGCAAUUGUAUCACAUAACUUCUACCCAUUUUCCAACAUAAUGUUCAACAUAAAGAACUGUAAAAUUUCUAGACAUGAUAAUGGUGUUGAAGUGUUAAUCCAAUGAGUUCAAUUUGACUAUACCAAUAAAUAAAAAGCUUUAUUUAUAUGCCA